AUGAGAGUUCUUAAGGAUUUUUUGAGAGCUCCCAAGGAAUUAGACAAGGGAAAUACCCAGAAAGUUAUCGAGAAAGAUGUCACAUUUUUCUUCUGUAAAGACUCUCCUCCUCCCUGGUUCGAUGGCAGUAUUUCAGGAGAUUUUGGAUUCGACCCACUUGGAUUAGGAUUUGAUUCGGAACUGCUGAAAUGGUUUGCACAAGCUGAGCUAACACACAGCAGAUGGGCAAUGCUUGCUGUGUCUGGAAUUCUGAUUCUAGAAUGGCUAGAAAGUCUGGGGUUUAUUGAGAAGUUCUCUUGGUACGAUGCAGGAGCACAAGAAUACUUCGCAGAUUCCACACCUUUAUAUAUAUUCUGA